AUGAAAAAAUUUAUAAAAUUAAAAAGGGUCCAUAUUAAUUUAAUAAUAAUACUUAUAAUAUAUAUUGCAUGGAUAAAGAUAUAUAAUGUAAGAAAAGUGCAAUGUAUAAAUUCGACAAACCAUAAUAAUAAUAUAAAAUUUCAAAGUCGAAAAGAUAAUAGGCUAUUUUUUUUAAUCAAUAAGAAAAAUAUAUUGAAAGGGAUUAACAAUAUUUCCUAUAAAAUAAAAGAUAGGAAUAAACAUUUUUACAAAAAUGGUAAGGAUAAUAUUUUAAUGAACUCCUUUGAUGUGCCUUAUAAGGCAAAAGAAAGAAACAGUAGUCACCAUAGUAUAUCUAAGAAGUUAUCAAAAUUUUUUAACGCUUUAAAUUUUUAUAAAAAGGGAAGUGAACAUGAAAAUAGUAUUAUAAAAUAUGAAAGGUUGAGUGUUCUAAAAUGUGGUUACAAUAAAUAUGGGGGAAACCUACUUAUAAAAGAUUUAGAUGGCAACAAUGAUUUAAAUAGUCAAAGAGAAGAUUAUAUAUGUGUAACAAGCGGUGAUCAUAUAAUCAAUGGUGACAAUAUAUAUGAAAAUUAUGAUGAUUCUAAUAAUAAUAAUAAUAAUAAUAAUAAUAAUAAUGAUGAUGAUGAUGAUGGUGAUACGAAUUAUAUUAGGAGUGAUGAUGUAAACAAAGAUUACAGUAACUUCCCAAACAAUGAGAAACUUAAUAAAAACGAAAAAAAAAAUAAAAAAAGAUAUUAUAAAUUUAUGUCAUGGAACAAUACAAAAGAAAUUAAAAACUUUGACUUGAAAAAAUAUAAUAUACAUAAUGAAGAUAAGAAUCAAGAAACACCCCAAUAUUUCCAAUCCGCAUUUUAUUCUUCAAUAAAAAAGGUAUCUGAAGAUACGAAUCAUAUAAAUAUUAAAAUAAAUAAAGAAUUAGUUAACGCGCUAUCAGUUGAAGAGAUAUUAGAUGUGUUAGAUAAAUAUUAUAAUUAUUCAAAAUAUAAAAAUAUGAAAAAGAAAAAAAAACAUAUUUUUAAUGAGGUUAAUAUUGUUACAGCAUAUCACAGGAUAGCUAAACAUGUUAGAAAUAAAAGUUUUUAUAAAAAAAAAAAUUUUGAUCAAGGGGAAUAUUCAAUAAAUUCAUGCUUUGAUAACAUAACAUCUAGUUUGUUUGAAAAUUAUUCACAUGUUGAUGAUUCCCCGAGAGUAUUCAAUUUGUGUUCUCAGAAGGUUGAAAUGGAUUUAGGUACGAAGGAAGAAGUAAAUAUGGAUGCUGAUGAUGAUAAGGAGAAAAAUAUUGAAAAUGAUGAUAAGGAGGUAAAUAUUGAAAAUGAUGAUAAGGAGGUAAAUAUUGAAAAUGAUGAUAUGGAGAUAAAUAUUGAAAAUGAUGAUAAGGAGAUAAAUAUUGAAAAUGAUGAUAAGGAGAUAAAUAUUGAAAAUGAUGAUAAGGAGAUAAAUAUCGAAAAUGAUGACAAGAAUAUAAAUAUUGAUCGUGAUGAUAACACAUAUAUUCAUGAUGCUAAUAUCCACUCGGAAAAGACGAGCAAUAAUAAUGAAGAGAAUAAAUAUAAAGAUCUCUUGAGCAGUAGCCACAUUAACCUAUAUGACAAAGUAGAAACAUAUAAAAAUAUAUAUGAACUAUUAAAAGAUAAUUUAUCGAUUAAUAAUAAUAAUAAUAAUAAUAAUAAUGGUGAUAAUGAUAAUAAUUGUGAUGAAGCUGUUAUACCAAAGCAUGUAGCAAAUAUUGCCUGGGCUUCAUCUGUGUUAUCUAAUAAAGAUCCUGAUAUAUGGAAAUAUAUAAAAAAACAGUUUUAUGAACAUAUUAAUAAUUUUAAAGCACAAGAAAUUUCUAUUAUUAUAUGGUCCUUUGGUUCUAUAAAAAAUGAAUUAAUAGAAACAGAAGAAGAAUUUAUUUUAUUAUUUAAUUGUAUUAAAAAAUAUAUAAAUGAAAAUAAAUUUAAAGCUCAAGAAUUUAGUAAUAUUAUAUGGUCAUUAGCUGUAUGUAAUUAUUAUAAUUAUGAUAUGCUAAUUCUUUUAUAUAAUUAUGCCCUUAAAAUUUUUGAAAAGUUAUUAUUAAAAGAUAUAUCUACAAUAUUGUAUAGUUUAUCUCUUUUUUCAUUAGAUUGCAUAAAUAAUAAUAUCCUUGAUGUUAUUAAAAAAAAUCAUUUUCUUAAAUAUAAUAUAAAAGAUGAUUAUUUAACAAUAAAUAAAACAGAAGAAAAGAAUAAUACGAAUAUACUCAAUCUAUCGAAUAUUAAACCUUCUGAUCAAAAUGAUGAUCAUAAUACAAUAAAUAAUACACAAAAGAAAUUUAAUACAAAUGUAAAUAAUAAUAUAAAUCAUAAAAAGUAUGUACCAUAUUUAUUAUUCGAAAAUUUUCUGACAUAUUCAUUAAAUAAAAUUGAUAAUGAAAAAGAUAAAAUGAAUAUGAGAAACUGGUCCAACAUUUUCUGGUCUUGUGCAAAUAUUGGACUAGGCUUAUAUAAGGAUAUGUAUAAAGAUCAUAAGGGCUUGCAAUAUUAUAUUUUAUAUAUGAAUAGAAAGGUUAAUGAUUAUGUAAAUGAAGGGGAUCAUAUAAAUGGUAACGAAGGGGAUCAUACUUGUAAUAAUACCCUUGAAUAUUUAAACACCAAUAAUGAUUAUAAGAGCAAAACGGUGGUCCAAUAUAAUCAUCAUCAAAAUGAUAAUAAUAAAAUAAAUUUAAAAAAAAAUGUUAUCCUAUACCAAAAGGAUAACGAUGGAAUAUAUCACUUAUAUGGAUGUGCAAAUAAUUGUGAUAUAUCAUCAUCUAAUAAUAAUAAUAAUAAUAAUAAUAAUAAUAAUAAUAAUAAUAAUCAUAAUAUAUUUUACCAAGAGGAUAAACAUAUUAAUAUCAACAUAGAUGAUUAUUCUUCUGAUUGGAAACCAUACAUUCGUAUUAUUCAUGGAGAAUAUGUAUUCCCAUUAAAAUACUUUUAUGAUGAAAAAAAAUAUAAAAAUCAAUUUAGUAUACAACUUAAUAAAGUAGGUAUAGAUACUGACUUGGAUAUAUAUAAUGAUAAUAUCAAAAGAAAAAAUAAAUUGAAUAAUAUAAUAGAUGAUACAAUGUAUAAUGAAAAAAAUCACGAUAAUAAUAAUAUAUCAAGUCAAGAUAUGAAUAUAGGAAACUAUAAUAUUAAAAAUAAUUUAAAUAAGAAUCAUAUAAAUAUUAAUGAUAUAAAUAAUAACCAUUUAAAUAUUGAACAUACAAAUUAUUCUCUAUUCCUUAAAGAAAUAAGUGAUAAAAAAAUGAACCUUUAUAAUAAUACAAAUAAUAAUGCAGUUAUAUUAAAAUUAUUACAUAUGUUCGAAUCACAACUAAAAGAUAAAAUUUUAAAAUGGACAAAAUGUGAUACACAAUCUAUUGCUAAUAUUUUAUGGAGCUUAUCAAUAUUAAAUGUAUAUUCAAGAAAUGUUUUUGAAGAUGGUUUAUAUGAAUGUAAUAAAAGAUUUAUUAAAUGUGGGAAAAAAAAAAAUACAACUAAAGUAAAAAAUUUCAUAUCGCAAUUACAUCAAUCACAAUUAUAUCAAGCUGCCUUUUCUUAUUGUCUUUAUUUAUUAAAUAAUCAAAAACAUAUAAAUAAAUUAUUAAAAAAUAAAGAAAAUUAUAAAAGUGAUAUCAUCAUAAAUAAUGACAUCAAAAAAAAAAUACAUGCCAUCUUUGAAAAAUAUUUUAAAGUAUCCAUUAAUAUAUUAAAUAUAUGGAAAAAACAAUUAGCACGAAAUCAAAGGAAAGAACAAAAAACUCAUAUAUCAUCUUCAGUGCAUAAAAAAAUAUCUAAUGACUUAAGGAGAUUGAACAUAUUUCAUUAUAAUGAAUAUUUUAUUUUGGAUUCCAUUCUGGUCGACAUUUUUAUACCUCAUUCGAAGAUUGUCAUAGAAAUCGACGGACCUAAUCACUUCUUUCAGAAAGGUGAAAUGAUUUUUUACAAAUCAAAUACCUUAUUUAAAAAAAGGUUGUUAAGAGCACUAGGUUACACCGUAAUUUCUGUACCAAUUAGCGAUUAUACAUUUAUGUUUAGUGCCUUGGAUACGAUGCAUUUUACGAAAAGACUUUUAGACAAAGCAAAUUAUAGUGCACAAAAAUAG